CCGCUGAAUACCAUAAUACUCCUCCGCUAGGCUAUUCAUUCUAAACAUUGUUGUGAAAAUCUUCGAUCUAAAUUCUUCUCGAUUAGGUGAGAGGGAAUACAAUAUUAAGAAUGAAGAAGUCUGACGUCUUUGGCUUUGGACCUUGGAAAAUAACCACCACCAAAGGAGCUAUUCUUAAAGCAAAUGACGCAGAGAGGUAGGGUUGUAAAACUCCUAAAUCGCGUGUCUACCAUGAGUCAAAUUAAGUUGGGUGUAGAUAUAAUAUGUAUAAUAUGUACUACAGUACUUAUUUUUUCUAGAAAUUUUUCCAUAUGUAUUUCAGCCGGUCUCUGAACAGAUAUGAAAGGAUCUUACUCCCUGCUGGCUUUGUUUCUUCUAUCUCAGUGGAACUUUUCGGUGUUAAACAAAUCUGAUCUUGGGGUUGGGUGCCUUUAAAUCUAGAUUAUUUUUAUUUCUUUGUGCUGUUAUAUAGAAUCUCUUCUGAGCUGGAGCUUCCUUCUCUUCCUGAAAUGGUGUUUGGUGACAAUGUUCUACAGAUUGAUCAUGCUGCAGGAUUUGGGAUUCAAUUUAAUGCACUGGAUGCACUAAAACUGGUAGACAAUAGGCACGACUUGAUGAAGGUUGCUGUUGCAGAAGAAUGGCAAAGCAAAAGGUGAAGCUCAUAAAUAAAAAUUCACAUAGUAGCUCUCACAAGUGCACCACUUUAAAUGGCUAAGCAUGCAAAACAUUCAUAGCCAGAGUUCUCCUCCAAUGAUUAAACACUUCAACAGUGUUUGCUCAUAGAAUAUAUAUCUGUAAAGGAGUUCAACUGUAUCUUCACUGUUGGGUAAUUUAUGCAGUGUAAAUUUUUAAGAUCCAGUGGGGAGUGUACUUCCCACAGGGGGUUCUACAAAGAUACCCUGUCUAAAAGAAAUGCAUUUUCAUGAGUAAGGUGUAGGAAGUGAGAGAAGUUCAGAUUUUUAAGGGUAAUCAACAUCAUACAAUGUAAAGAAGUGUAAGGCAAACUUAGAAGCUAAGAGCUGAUUUGUGUAACCUAUUUAGAAGUUAUUCAAGAUCAAAUGUAAUUAACCCUUCAACUUCCAAGAUCUGAUUGUUAAUUCUCCCCUUUUGCUACUACACAUUUCCCUAUUAGUGAGUUAUAAGAAUCUGGUGUUAGAUCAAGAUAACAACUUCUUCCUGAUAAGUAUGAGCGUAUUCUAAUAACCUGUUUGCUGGAUAGUGAAUUGGUAUUGUAGGAAGGAGUUACAUGUUAAUCACUUCGAGUUAAAAGGUUAAUGUUACCAAGAAUUAACCAAAUUGCUUUUACAUAUUGUGUCUCUCUUUUUGUUUUUUCACCUGAACCUCGUAGGCAGGAUUCAGAAUAUAUCAAAGAGGUUAUAAAACCUUUUGACUGGACAUUCACAACAGAUUACAAGGGUACAUUGACUGGAAAAGAAGAGAUUGUAUUUCAGGUGUGGUUUUAAAGAUAAGUAAGAGAAAUUUAUGCAUUGUAAGGUCUUUGACUCAGCAACUGAAUAAUUCACUUCAGUUAAUAGUUUUGAGUCAUAUUUAAUUUAGUAUAGCAUGAAAUUCAGCUAGUAGAGUAUAUCUGUAAAUCACUGAUUCAUUCAUUUUUUAAAUGUAAUGAUAUCAGUUUAUUCUUCCACAUCAUGUGCCAUUAUGAACAAAUAUUGCUUUACUUGUUCAACCCUUAGCACUAUAACAUCAGCAUGCGUAUUCUCUUAACUGUUCUCUAUACAUUUCCCAAGGUACUGACAAGGAGAAUUUGUUUAACAAUCAAGAACUUCUUUCAAGAGUUAAUGAUCAUUUCCGUUAUUCUCACAACUUGAUUUUUGAUUCAGGGGUGCCACUGUUGGGAGAAGUUAGAUGCUUAAUGUUCUUAGGGGUUAAAGAGUUAGUAAAAAUCUUAUGUUGUGUUCUCCUCACUUAUUCCAGGUUGAGCCCACCAAAGAGAGAAUAGAUCUAGAACAGCUGAAAGUUAAAGAAAAGAUAUAUUUCUAUGAAGACAUUAUAUUGUAUGAAGAUGAAUUAGCAGAUAACGGCAUAGCAAAGUUGAAUGUCAAAAUGGUAAGAGAAAACAGAUGCAGUUAUGAAUGUUUAUGUGACCAAUUGUAAGGUCAAUAUGAUUGAAUGUGUGCAAAGUUUUUUUUCUUUUUGCAUUUUUGCAGCCCAAGGUUGUCAGUGUCCUGGCAAAUGAAGAUCAACUCAAUACCCACCUAUUUUUCUAAACGAGCUUGUUCAACAAAGGAUCUAUUUUACAGAAAAAAACAUACCAAAGAAUUUUGAAAGAACCUCACAAAAAAACCUCAAAUCAUCCAGUGGGGGAGAAAUGUGUGUCCUGUAUGCUGGCCAAUUCUUUCUGGCUUGAACUGUAACUUGUGCUUAAGUUUUGUCCUAUAGAUUUAGAACUCACUCUCUCUGAUUGAGAGAGAAAUUAAUAUUGUGAUUAUACAGCCACAAGCAUGCAAAGACAUCUUAUUCAUUUCAUGCAUUUUUUACUUUCAGCGUGUUAUGCAGGGAGGUUUCUUUCUGUUGCUGAGAUUUUUUUUGAGAGUCGAUGGAGUUCUUGUUAGGAUCAACGAUACAAGAAUUCAUCACACGGUAAAUAUCACUUUUUAAUAAAAAUGAGAUUUACCACUGUAAACCUUUUUAAAGAAACUGGUUCGAAAAAAUUUGAAGUCUUCUUGGCAGGCUGACAUGUGUUGUGGCCAAGAACACUUGGGUUGGUUUUACUGCAGGGUCCAAACAGAAUUAUCCAAAGGACAUUAAUUUUGUUCUUUUCUUUAUGCUGCAGUUUAUUGACUAUCUUUUGUUACCUGUCUUCUAAUUUAUGGUCCAAUUACAGGCUGGCACUUCAUACAUGUUAAGGGAAUAUUCAUCCAAAGAAAGAAAAGUAGCAGACCUCUUAGAAUUAAAGGUUGGUCCUCUUUAUGGUACUUGAGUUUUCCUCAACAAAUUUUAAUGUGGACAGGUUCCAGCCUAGACUGGGAUCUCUCCACCUAGAAGUGAAAAUGCUCAACAGCAAACUGUAAUGGAAAGCUAUCAAUAUGCUAGGAGAUUACUUGCAAUAGACUGUUUUCCCACCAUGGCUGUUGCCUCUUGUUAUAAAAACCAUGAAAGGAAAGACUGGGUUCACUGUGUUGUUUUCUUGGUUAAGAAAUGGAGAAUAAAUGGCAACAAGAGAAAUGGGGAGCCUUGAAAAAAUUUUUGAGUUGCACGCGUUGAGCUAACUUUUCUUCCAGGAGGAGUAACAGUCCUCCUGGUUGCUUCUAGCAACAGAACCAGGCUUAAGUUCCAGCAGCUAUGCAGAAUUUACCCAUCCCUCUCCAUUCACGUAGCAAUUACUUUUCCUAUGCUCCAAUCUCACCAUACACCUCAGCAAGGUAUUUCAAUAAAAGUGGAUUACAGAUGGUCUACCACCUGCCUGUGAGACCUCUUACCCACCGUCUUUUUAGCUUGCGAGAAGGCUCAUGUGCUUGGGUUUGGCUUUUUGGCUCCUUUUCUGGGCACAGCUGCCUAUUACAACAUUGGCAGCCCAGCUGCUUAUGGAAACAGUUACUGACACCUCCAUUUAAGUGAAUUUUUUUAUAUUGGCUAUGAAUUCUAAAGGAAGUGUUUCUGGUAUUUCCAGGUUCCAAUUACAGAUCCGACGCAAUUAGCUGAACACUUAUUUCUCCGGUACGAGACAUUUGAGAAACUCUCUUUUCCCGAUGGCAUUGAUGCAUUGUUUGGUGUUGAAUCCUCUGUCAGUUAAAAGUCAGAUGUAUGGCAGGGCUAUCUGAAGACUUGUAGACAAAUAAAAGAAAUGCUGGAAUGGAUUCCACUGCAGGAAUUGAGGAAGAAUAGACAAAAAAAUUUUGCUUUGAUCAAGAAUACGGCUCAAGGUUUACUUUCAACAUUAUUGUCACUGGAAACCUUCGGGAGAAAGCCAUUUUUGCCAUCUGACCAUUGAGACUGAUCUGAAGGGAAGGGAAUUCUCGGCCAGACAAUCACAGUGUACAGUAUUUGCCCUUCUCUGUCUAGGCUAUUGCAGAAGAUGCUGGUAGUAAUCCAUAAACUGUUUCAUUCGAGUUUAUAUUUGGCAUGUCGCGCCACAGACAGUUAGACUCAAAGAGGACGUGCCGCAUAAUUAUGAAAAGAACUCACCCUUAAAGUCACGCAGGUUGUAUACAAGCUCUAUGAACAAGAGGGAUUUAUGAACAGGAAAAAAAAUGGCUGAAUUCAGCACAAGUUGCUGAGAGGCACACCCAGUGUUGCCUCUUUCUGUGGAAACUGUAAGAAAAAGCUAAUUGAAUAGUCAGCAGUCUUUUACACUUUGUCGAUGAAAUGUAAUUGAAACUUGUCAAAGAACACUGUGAGUAGGUACCAGUCACGGCUGAUCAAUGAAGGCGAACCUCCUUAAUUCAUGAUGCAAUCAGUCAACCUCUUACAAAAAACACCAUUGUGUAAUUGUCGCUUUUCGCAAUUACGAUUUGAUCUUUUUACUGAGAAGGAGCAUUCAUUUUUUCGUCUUGAGAACGCACUUAGUGCUUGAAGAGAGGAUUGAUGCGAGAUGUUUUCCAAAAAUUGUUCAGACACGUGCCAUUGACGUGCAUCAAAUGUGAAGACAGAAACAGGUCAUAGUUCUUGACAAUGGCUCAAAAUUAUCCUGCAGGUCAUUACAGACAAAAAUUACAGACAAAACCAACAUCUGGCAGCUAAGUUUGCUUUUUUUGGUAGACUAUUCACUAGCUAGGGAAAGGUAAGUUCGAUAAUUCCUUAUUAUCAGACCCCUAGGGGUAUAGGGGGCAGCAGUUGUGCAAGGGGAGAGGGAAGGGAAGAGUAGCACCCCCUCCCCCCCCUUACCACCUCCAACUAUGUGUAGGAAAAAGUCACGUUAUUCGAAGUUGGAUAUUCGAAGUUGGAUACUCAUUGUAUGUCUUGACAGACAUCUCAACGCCUAUUAGUCACAAAACGCUUUGGAUUAGAUAAACCAUGGAAUAUCCCACGAGUUACUUGGGCAUCUUUGGUGUACCCAGAAGAUUUCAGUCGAGUGUGUAUUAUGACUAUUAUGACCCCCUCUAAAUGACUAGAGGGACAUUCCGAAAUGUGCCUCGAAAAAGUAUUUCAAAACUGUUGUAUACCAUUCCACAAAAAGAUAAAAUAAAACAAAUGCCAACACCAUCAAUAAGGCAUACGCGUAGAUUUAAUUCUGAA